GAUUUGCAGUCAGGAAUAGCUGACGGAGCAGAUGUUUUGAUUAUGAUUUGACAUUUUAAUACAUCGUUCUCAAAAUGUAUUCUGCCGCGACGGAGAGUUUAAUAAAGCAGGCAAGAGAAAUAAAGGAAGAAGAGCUGCAGAAAUUUUGUGGGCGCAUCUUUAAGCAGCUGCACACUAAAGAACUGGGUGGAGAGACGGUGGACUCCCUCCAGAGACUCCAUCUGAUUGUAUCUGCCACUAAAUAUGCCAGAGAGCUUCCAUCAGAUCUGGUGAUGAAGCUGCAGAUGGUUCUUUGCUCUUCGUCAUGCCCAGAGCAGCUUCAGAUUCUGUCCUCCUCCAUACUGCAGGAGAGCCUCCCCCUUAGCGUACACAGUCUCUGCUCGGAUCUCAACCAGGACAGCAGAGCCAUCAGCCAUCUGGCAAGCGUUGUGCUCACUCAGGCUGGAAAUAAAGAAGAUGUGAUGCCCCUGUGCCACCAUUUGUUGAAAAGUCUUGAGUCUUGGCUGUCCGAGGGGCAGAUUUCCAAACAUGUGCUUCCCAUCCUCUCCAAAAUGUUUAGUGUUUUUCCAGAGAUUCUCACAGAGGAUCAGGUGAAUCUGGUCAGCCGUAAACUAGUGGAUUGGUUGCGAUACGCAAGUAUGCAGCAGGGAGCCUCCAUGUCUUCUGGGGGAUUUUUCAGUGGACAGAGAACACGUCAGCCAGCACCUCUGACAGAAGUCGAUGGGGUGGUAACAGGGGAUUUCUUCACUGUGCUAUGUGUGGGACAGAGCUACACUGAGGAUCAGUGGAUGAAUAUGUACACUUUCUCCAUGAUCAAGAGCUGGCUGCUCACUUAUGACCGGGAUGAGGCCACAAAUGCAGAAUCAGCUCCACUAAAAAGAACGCAGGUCAUUAUAUCACAGCACCAAGAUGAUCGCUCCGAGUUGGACAGUUCAGUGAUGUCUAUGGUGUCGGCCACAUCCUCCUCCAGCAGACUGCUUCCUCCCAAAGAGAGACUUAGAGAGAAGGCUUUCGAGUACUGCCAGCGGCUCAUUGAGCAGAGCGACCGCAAGGCCCUAAAAAGGACGGAUACAGAGCUACAGAAAGCAUGCAUUGUUGAGUCAGUGUCAAUAAUGGACAUCAUCUGUGGUGAAGACCCCUCCUAUGUGUACCGUGCAUUCCCAUGUAUCAAAGCCCUGUACGGAAGACUGAAUGGAGACCUAGCCCAUGCUCGAGCUCUGCUGCCUAUCGCUCAGUUCUACCUCAACCACAGUGAGACGGCCGCGGUGGACUCAGAGGCCGUGUUCCGCAAGCUCUUCAGCAACUGUCCUACUGAGCAGUUCAAUGAGCCCAUGCUCGCCUUUGAGUUCAUUCAGUUCUGUCUUCUCAAUGCCAGUGUGCUGCAGGACAGAGUCGCCAACUACAGGCAGAGCUUCCCCAACCUCCUAAAGUUCUUAGCUUGGAACUGCCCAGGAUUGAUCACUGAGUUCGUUGAGCUGCUCCCAUCACUGGUAGCUCCUGGUACAGCUAUUGAGCUACUGCACACACUCCUGGAUCUGCCCUGCUUAGCUGCAGCCUUGGACCUCCAGCACAGAUCAGCAUGCUAUCAGGCUAUGGACCGCACCACAUGGGACCAGCAGGGGGCGAAGCUGGCUGCUUGUCUUGAUGCUUUCCGCCAGCCGUCAUAUAGGGGGCUCUUUCUCUACAUCCUCAGACCUGAGGCUGGUACGGGUGACACAAUAGACAGGUUAAAAAUGCUUCAUGAGAUUCUGGCUGACAUGGCAGAGAGUCCUCGUGUUGUUCGGUGUGCUCAGGUCGUCCCUGUGCUUCUGCACGUCUACUUCAACGCUGUUGCUAAGAUAGCUGAUGAGAAACUGAUUAACCAGCUGCUGCUGGUGCUGCUGGAGAGAAGCAGUCUGCUCUACGACAUCAAGACAUUUAAUGCUGAGGUCCAAAAAGUGUUUAGCACUCACCUGCAGGCACUGUGCAAACUCCAUCCUCCACUGAUUGUGGAUCAGUCAAGAGAGCUACUAGACUUUGUAGGCUCCCCUGCCAACAUUUACAGUAAAGAGGACAUCUACACACAUGUGGUGUGGGUGAUUGGGGAGUACCUGUCGGUAUCGUAUGACUCUCGCUGCACUGUGGAGCUAAUCACUUCUUUCUUCGAGAGUUUGGAGGCGGUGCUGUUUGAGAUCACACAGGUGCGACAGUCUACCUGCCCAUCGAGUUUCUCUCCUCGCCUUAUCACUGUGCUCAUGACUACCCUGGCUAAACUGGCGACACGCAGUCAGGACCUCAUCCCCAGAGCAUCACUCUUCCUGUCUAAGGUGCGGUUGUUUGCCCACAGUAGCCCUGUAAUGGCAUGCUACAGUGAGGAGGACACUGAAGAGAUCAUCACUCGAGCUCAUGAACUUAUUAACUUGCUCAGGUUACCAAAUGUGGCUCAGUUUAUCCUGGCCUCUUCAGCUGGAGGUGACAGUCCCCGCUGGCACAGAGACACCAACGCCUCACUUCCUCAGGGCAUGAGGGCGGUCAGCAGACUCCUCCAUAGACAGUCUAGCUUCCUGCCCACAUAAAGCCUGCCUAGGAAGCUGUUUUCUAAAUAACUAUGUGUAAUAAUGAGAGAAAGACUCUUUCUAUAAGAUUAAAAGUGGGGGGUGAAAGAACAAGAUAUGAAAGCACAACACUCACUUCAUCAUGAGUUUCAGUUCUGCCGAGCACAGGCUUGCCCUGUGAACUAUUGUUCACUGACAAACAUGGGAUCAAGACACGACAGAUUUAUGAUUUAUUCCUUGAUUUAUUCAAAUGAUUGUCAUAGACAAAUGUAAAUUAUGUAAAUUAAAUCAACAAUGUAUGUGUGCCACUUGUGAUUAGAAACAAAACAAUAAAAACUUUUAAAUUUCAGUUAAAAGUCAGUUAUCUUGAUAGUCUUCAUCAGUCAAAAAUACAAAAUAGGUAUAAAAUGAAGACAGAUUAGGAAAAGUUCACCCAAAACUGAAUUAUAUCAUGUGCACUUUCAAACUUCCAGGUAUAUGGAAGAUCCAAGGGUUGUAGGCUUCACUGACGUCAAACCUGAGGCAAAACUGUGCACCAAGUUUUAAUAUAUGCAUGUGCGGUGAUAGUUGAGAAGAUUUUCAGUAAAUAAUGAUCUGAAUUUCUGUCUGUUCCUCACAUAAAGCUAUCAUAUAGCCUCACAAGUCUUGGAAUACCCACCUUUUUCCUUGGGGUCUUACUGGGGAAAGAAUGAGGGUGGGACUUGUGCAGGAAGUCGGUCUAUAGCAUUCCCUAGCUCUGGCUACAGUCAUUUUAAACCAUGUUUACAGCUGCUAAUAAGACACGUUUCGGAUGAUCAACAAAUGGUCAGCGCUAAAUAUAGUUGUAAACAUGUGCAAAAUGUUUUGUGACAUACAGAGGUAGUCAAAACAUCACAUUUGAUGUUUAAAAUGUCGUCCUGAGGUGAAGCACCACCUCUUACCUGUUAUUCACCCGCCGAACAAAAGUUAAAAUUUACAUGCGGAUUUAAAACGAAAUUACCAUUCUAUCGAAAAACUUGAAAAAGCGAUUACAUACCCAAGGAUGAGAACUUCUUGCUUCUUCCCUAGCAUGUUGGUCUGAUUUGAACAUACAAGAUGACAAACACACAUCUGAAGCUGAACUAAUACAGGUGGACGUAUGCCGCAACAACAGCUGUGUUUACUUGACAAAGGAAGUAGCACCCAUAUUUCUCGCUAAGCAGCACGGGACAUAAGAAAAAGGUGCAUAGUAAACAAGUCCUAUGAACUACUUUUAUGGUGCAUCAUAAAUAUGAAAAUGUCUCCUUUUGUGCUACACGGAUAAAGUGACAGUUUUGUGUGAACUAUCCCUUUAACACAUUUUUCAGGUGCUUUUUGUCAAAUUAAUGUGGAAUUAUGACAAAACGAGUCAAUCUAAUUUUUACAUUCAUAGUCAGUGCUAAAAUACAAUUUGUUUUUGUUGUAUACAAUCUUAAAAUAUACAUAAAAUAUCAUCUAAAGCACAACUGCAGUUGCUGGAUACAAGGCAUUCAUUGAACUGAGCAUAGCUUGGCAACAAAUGUGAACACAUCAAGAACUGCCACAGAAUAAGCAGCACUUGUCGUUUCAAGUAACAUUGAAAAUGACAAGUUAUAGUUGCAAGAUCUUUUGUUCCUCUGCACAAGAAUUUAAUCAGAAUUCACUUUUUGUAAAGUAAAAAAACUCUUACUGGGAUUUACAAAAAGGUUGUACAUCCAAGAUAGUUUCAAAAGUCAGCAAGAGCUGUUGUGAAAUAUAAAGCAUGACUGGUUCUCUAUAAAAAUAGUAGAUCUGUGGGAGUUGAAUUGAACUUUGUGGAAUUUUUAAUCACAUGUGGAUCAUCACAGUAUCUACUCUGCCUUUCCACAAUCCUACAACCUCAGAGGGAUAAGGAAACAUUGUGCAACAAUUAGAAAGUAACUUUUUAGGUUACUACAAAAUCACAGUAGUAGAAAUACUUCAACAUAAUUUCUGCUCAAUGCCAUUAACUGUCAAUAAAUUAACUUAUAUCAUAAGCGCUAACUGAAAAUCAAGUUAAUAAAAGUAAAGGUGGUAUAUGCAUCUCUAUUAAAAGAUGGAAUUUUAUUUUGAUAGUGUCAUCUAAAGAUUUGUCUGUAAACACUGACAAAUUUGUCUGUUAAAAUAGACUAGCCCGAAGGUGCUGAGCUAUUAACACACUUUUUUUUCUUGAAGAUUAGGAUGAAAUAAUUCUAUAUAAAAACAGAUUUGAGAAAAACAGUACUAGGACAAAC